CCGCACAUUCUCUCUCUUUGCGUUUGCAUUAUACUUUGCGGACUUGAAAAUUAUUAAAUUUAUAUUUGGUGUGAAAAGUAGAAGCAGCAUUGCUUAGUAGUAAAAAAGAGAAAAGUAAAGCACGAAAAGUUUGUCAUAUGCGCGCGUGGAGUCGACGUUCUGCAGCUUGCAGCAUCAGCACAGCCAGCUGGACCCCUGCAGCCCAUCACCUGCAUCGCAAGAGGAAAAAGCAUUUGGAGUUGUUUUCAUCGUUGUUAUUGCGAGUGUCGGCGUUCUCUGGAAGCGACGAGCUGCAAGAGACGACGACGACGAAGACAACGACCAAGAGGACGAAUCAACGGCAAAAUUGCACGUCUCAUGUGGAAAGGUUGCGGGCUUCUGGACGGCUACAGGCACAGGGAAAAAUUUUUACACCGUAAGGUUAGAUUAGACGAAGGCAAGCAAGAUGGGCAAGGCAAAGAAGGGCAAGCGCACCGACAAGGACGAUUUUGGCAGUGAUCUGGAAGUAGAAAACAGUAUAAUCGAUGAGCCUGUAAAGUCCAAAAAAUCUAAAGACAAAAAAAAAGUUGCUGUAGUUGAUGAAUUGGCUGAAAAUCUUGAAGAUCUCAAAAUAGAAAAAUCCAAGAAGAAGGACAAAAAAUCUAAGAGAAAGGGAGGUGACUCGGAUGAUGAAGAUAUACUCAAGGGAAAAAUCGAACUGGGUUCGGAUUCUGAAGAAGCACCUAAAAGUAAGAAGAAAAAUACUAAGAAUCAGUCAGUCAAAAAAGGAUUUGCUGCUUUGGCAAUUGAGUCUGAUGAAAAUGAAUCAGACAAUGAAAAUCAAAAAUUAAAAGUCAAAUCGAAAAAAGGUAAAGAAGAUAUAGAUGUGGAUGACGAAGAAGAUGAUGUGAAACCAUCUAAAAGUAAAAAUAAGAAAAAAAACAGGAAGCAAGUCGAUUCUGAUGGUAUGUCUGACGAUGAAAGUCAGAAACCGAAAAGCAAAGGAAAGAAAGGAAAAAAAGCAAUUGAUUCGGAUGAUGAUUUGUCUGACAAUCAAAAUCAAAAAGCAAAAAGCAAAGGCAAAAAAAGCAAAAAAACUGUUGAAUCGGAUGCAUCCGCAGACGAAGAACCAAAAACUAAAAUUAAAAACAAGUCAAACGCUAAAAAAAAAUCUAAGAACAAUGAUUCUGAUCAAGAGAUGGACAUUGGGAUAUCUAAGCCUAAAACUAACUCGAAAGAAAAAAAAGUAAAGAAAGAUUCUGACUUGGAUGAUGAUGAUGAUGAUUUUCAUAUUACUAAAACAAAAACGGUAAAGCCAGUGACAAAAUCUAAAGCAUCAAAAGCUAGUUUCGCCAUGUUGAUGCAAGAUGAUCAGGAUGAUGACGAUGAUGACAAUCAAGCAUCUCCUCCAUCUGAUGAUGAGUCCGAAAGAACAGAAAGUAGAGAUAACAGUAAAUCUUCAAAGAUACAAAAGCCCCAGCCUCAAGAAUCCAAGAAGAGCAAGAAAGCCAAGAAAAAGCGUGACGAUGAUGAUGACUUUGAUAAAAUUUUGGAGGAAUUUAAAGUGGUGGAAGAGCCAAAACCAGAAGAAGAGUCAGAUGAAGGGGAGAAAAAGAAAAAGAAGGGUAAGCAGCCAAAGAAGGAAAAGGAAGCUGAUGAAACUGCAGAAGGACAAGAAGAAGGUACAGUGAAAACUGCGGCGCAAAAAAAAAAGGAAAAGAAAGAAAGGGAAAAGCAAAAGAAACUUGCUCAAAAAAAGGCUGAGGCAAUGAAUAAGACUGAAGCUCCUAAAGGUGGUGACCUUACAGAACCUGCAAAAAAAGAAGCUACAGAGGAACCAAAAGUUGAAGAUAAAGAAGAGGAUGAUGAUGACGAUGAAAAAAAGAAAAAAAAGAAGGACGGAAAAGACGAUCCUAAAAAGAAAGUUAAGGGACCUGGUGCAAAGGCUAUCCUGAAGUUAAAGGAAGCUUUAAAAUUAGAACAAGAAAGAGAGGAACAAUUGAAACGUGAAGAAGAAGAAAGGAUACGUCAAGAGGAAGAAAGGGAGAGACUCCGCGAGGAGCAACUGAAAAGAGAACAGGAAAAAAAAGAAAAGAAAAAGUUGAAAGAAAAAAUGAGGAAAGACAAAUUAAAAGCCGAAGGAAAGCUUUUGAGCAGCAAACAGAAGUUCGAAAAUGCUAGGGCUCAAGCUAUGUUGGAAGCAUUGAAAGCUCAAGGAUUCGAGGUACCAGAAGUUGGAGAGAAAAAACAAAGACCAGGAACCAGAGUAAGGGCAAGUAAGUUAAAGCAGCAGAGUAGCAAAGAAGAAAAAGAGGAAAAUAAAGCUGAGGAAGCUGAAACUGAUAAAGUGCAGGUGGAGAUUGUCGAUAAAAAAGAGGAAAAAGCUGAAGAAAAGAAAGAGGAAGAAGAUGAUGGUCUCAAAGAUGCUUGGGAUGCAGAAAGUAGUGAAGAAGAACCCGAAGAAGACAAAUCGGAAUCAGCAGAGAAAAAAGAAGCCGUCAAGGGUUCUAAAACUGCUGCUAAGGAAUCUGAGGAAGAGGAAUCUUCCUCUGCGGCAGAAGGAUCUGAUUCGGAAAGUGAGUCCUCAGAUUCUGACUCAGAUGACGAGAGCGAAGAGGAAAGUGAUGGGAAACGUCCAGAUCCUGAGCGUAAGAAACAGCAGAUACGUGAGAGGAUCCAGAACCGUAAGAACGAAGCGGAAAAGAAACGCACCCUCGAUAGAUUGCGAGCAGCUGUUGUCUGCGUACUCGGUCACGUAGAUACUGGCAAAACAAAGAUCCUAGACAAGUUGAGAAGGACGAAUGUACAGGACGGGGAAGCUGGUGGCAUUACCCAGCAAAUCGGUGCAACCAAUGUGCCCAUUUCAGCCAUUCAAGAGUCGACAAAACACGUUAAAGGCUUUGCCGACAAAAAGUUUAAGAUUCCUGGACUAUUGAUUAUCGACACACCUGGUCACGAAUCUUUCAGUAAUCUAAGAAACAGAGGAUCGUCUCUCUGUGACAUAGCUAUUCUAGUAGUUGAUAUUAUGCAUGGCCUAGAGCCUCAAACCAUAGAAAGUAUCAACCUUUUGAAAGCUAAAAAAUGUCCGUUUGUUGUGGCUCUCAAUAAAAUUGACAGACUUUACGAUUGGCAAACGAUGAGCCGCAAAGACGUGCAAGACAUCAUUAAAGCUCAAGCAAUCAAUACCCAACGAGAAUUCGAAAAACGCUCCAAGGAUAUAAUCGUCCAAUUUGCUGAGCAAGGCCUUAAUGCUGCACUCUUCUACGAAAAUCCGGAUUCUCGAAGUUACGUGUCUUUAGUUCCAACGAGUGCUGUAACGGGAGAGGGUAUGGGUAACUUGCUAGGAUUGAUAGUCGACGCCUGUCAAGGUCCAUUGGCCAAGCGACUUAUGUUUUGUGAAGAGUUGCAUGCCAUAGUGCUAGAAGUCAAAGCCUUACCCGGCCUUGGUACAACGAUAGACUGUAUUCUAGUCAAUGGGACCCUUCGCGAGGGUGACACGAUGAUUCUGGCAGGUACAGAUGGACCAAUAGUUACUCAAAUCCGUGCGCUCCUCAUGCCACAACCUUUGAAAGAGCUACGAGUUAAGAAUGCGUAUGUAGAACACAAAGAAAUCGAAGCAGCUCAGGGAGUGAAAAUAGCUGCCAAAGAGCUCGAAAAAGCCAUAGCAGGAUUAAAUUUGGUGGUGGCUCAGAAACCGGACGAAGUUGAAAUAUUGAAGGAAGAAAUAGCCAAGGAACUGUCUCAUGCCUUGGGUAAGAUAAAAUUAGCCGAGCGAGGUGUCUAUGUGCAGGCGUCGACUCUCGGAGCCCUUGAAGCGUUGCUCGAGUUCUUGAGAACAAGCAAAAUUCCGUAUGCGGGCAUACGUAUCGGUCCUGUUGUUAAAAAGGACGUCAUGAAGGCGUCCAUUAUGUUGGAGCACGACGACCAGUUCGCGGUAAUUUUGGCGUUCGACGUGAAGGUGGAGCGGGACGCCCAGGAGCUCGCGGACUCGCUCGGCGUCACGAUCUUCGCCGCGGACAUCAUUUACCAUCUCUUCGACAAAUUCAUCGCGCACAGGGACAAUCUCAAGGCUCGCAAGCGCGAAGAGUUCAAGCACAUAGCCGUCUUCCCGUGCAAGCUCAAAUUCGUCGAGCUGGGGAUCGUGACGAGCAUAGAGAGCAACCACAAGAACGUGGAGAGCGCGCGCAAGGGCCAAGAAGUUUGCAUCAAGAUCGAGCCCAUACCCGGCGAGUCGCCCAAAAUGUACGGCCGCCACUUUGACGAGAAGGACAUGCUCAUCAGCAAGAUAAGUCGAGCGAGCAUAGACGCGUGCAAGGAGUACUUCAGAGACGACCUAAUCAAGGCGGACUGGCAGCUGAUGGUGGAACUCAAAAAGCUCUUCCAAAUCCUCUAAGUUCUCCCGUGAGUCAAAAUCUUCCUUUUCCGCGCACCGCAUCUCAUUCUAACGAUCCAUCACGCAUCAACAGCAAUCGCUACCACGAGGACAUUAAACCCGUUUUCUUGUGUAAUUCGAUAAUAAAUGCAUACAAUAUAAUAUUGUUUCAUGUAACGAUAAUUCAACGCUUUUCGAACCCUUGCCGUACACGCGUAUAAGAGUGUGGGUGAAACAAGUUUGAAAAUUAAUGAAAUUUUUGGCAAAUCAAACAUCGUAUGUUUGCAUACACCUACUAAAGAUCGCUAAACUUGAAGAAAAACGAAAUAAGAACCACAGUAAGGUAUAUUUGUCGGUUAUUCUGUUACAAUUUUUUUUUUUUUUUUAUAUUCCUUUAUAAUGUUUUAAUUCUUAUGAAUAAUGUUAAUUUUUAAA